CCGAGAGGAACAUUACGCAGCGCUGAAGAAGAGUUCGAACAGAGACGCUUCCGGUGCAAACAUUUCACAAAUUUUUCCGGUCAUUUGUUUUUGGAUGAGAUUCUGGCAAAGAGAAGUUAAGCCUACAAAAACCAACCAUGACAUCUCUAUCAAGCAGCAGCUCUUCCGGGACAGAGUACAUAGUGCGAGUGCCCAAAAAUACCACGAAAAAGUACAAUAUUAUGGCGUUCAAUGCUGGAGACAAAGUGGCUUGUUCGACAUGGACACAGGCUCGUAUGGAACGUGACAUGAGUGCGCGGCGCAUUUACGGCGAGGAGGAGGCGGCCGAGGGAGCAGCCGGGAGUGAGUUUGGGAAAAAGCAAAGGGAGGAGGCGAGGAGGAAGAAGUUUGGGAUCGUCACCAAAGAGUUUAAAGUAGAAGACCAACCCUGGAUUCUCAAAGUCAACGGGAAAGCGGGCAAGAGGUUUAAGGGAAUAAAGAAGGGCGGUGUUACAGAGAACGCGUCAUACUACAUCUUCACACAGUGUGUUGACGGUGCGUUCGAGGCCUUUCCAGUGCACGGCUGGUACAAUUUCAUGCCUGUGGCCAAGCACCGGACACUGACAGCGGAGGAGGCCGAGGAGGAGUGGGGCAGGAGGAACAAAGUCGUGAACCACUUCAGCAUCAUGCUCCAGAGGCGUCUGAGGGAGCAGGAGCGCGGGGAGGACGAAGAGGACGAGGCAGAGAAAGGGGGAAAGAAGAAGAAGAAGGGCGGAGGGCGAGGAGGAGACCUGCGCAUACACGACCUGGAGGACGACCUGGAGAUGAGCAGUGACGACAGCCACAGCAGCGGAGGAGAGGACGGUGAGAGCAAAUCGAAGCCUAAAAAAGACGCCGGUAAGGGCAAAGGGAAGAAGAAGAAGAGAAAGGGCAAUGAGCACGAGGCUCUGGAGGACAGUGACGACGGAGACUACGAAGGACUGGAGGUGGACUACAUGUCUGACGAAAGCAGUUCAGAAGAGGAACCAGAGAAGGGGAAGCCAGUCAAAGCAGAGGAACACCCCAAAGGGAUUGAUGAAAUGUCUGAGAGCGAAGAAGAGAGCGAAGAAGAGAAACAGAACGAGGAGGAAACAAAAGAGGAGGAGGAAGAGGACGAUGGGAAGAAGACCCCCGUCCAACCAGAGAAAAAGAAGAAGAAAGCAGACAGCAGUGGUGAGUCUGAAAGCUCAGACGACAGCGACAUCGAAGGAGAGACGGCAUCAGCUUUGUUCAUGAAAAAGCGCACUCCCCCAAAGCGUGCAGGGGGACGUGGCUCCGCCGGCAGCUCCAGGACCGGGAGUCGUCCUGGGACUCCCUCCAUCGACUCUGGCUCCACCUCCAGCACUCUGCGGGCGGCUGCCAGCAAGCUCGAGCAAGGAAAAAGACAGAGCGGCUCAGCCACAGACACUCCUGCUGCCAAGAGGCUCAAGAUGGAGCCCAACAGUCAGAGCCCCGCCCCCUCUGGGAAGAGCACGCCUCAGCCUGCUUCUGGAAAAUCUACACCGAGCUCAAGUGACGUCCAGCUGACAGAGGAGGCCGUGAGGAGGUACCUGAUCCGGAAGCCCAUGACCACCAAAGACCUGCUCAAGAAGUUCCAGACCAAACGCACGGGUCUGAGCAACGAGCAGACGGUGAACGUGUUAGCUCAGAUCCUCAAGAGGCUCAACCCCGAGCGCAAAAACGUCAACGACAAGAUGCAUUUUUAUCUCACAGAAUAACCAUGGACUGAAGCACAGAAGCAAAGACUGAAGAUAAAACAUAAAGUGGACAUUUUAGUUCUACCAUUACCCUAGUAUUAAGAAUCAGUUUGAAUUUGUUAAAGUUUUCUAAUAAAAUAACACAUUGUUUCCUGGAGUCUAACCCAAAA